AUGGCCGCCCGACACCUUUCCACGCUUCCUUUCCGAUCGUCGUUCGCAUCUACGCUUCUGCCACAAUCCCAGCGAUGGGGCACAAUCUACCCACGGCUUGUUUUGCUUCAUGGCCUGCCUCUCUUGAGCGGAUACAUUGCCAAUGAGGUUCCCUCAUUUCUAGCCGGUCUCUGGGAAUCGGUCCUCCGCGCGGUCCCGAAGAAGAAGACCUCACACAUGAAGAAGCGACAUCGACAAAUGGCUGGCAAGGCAUUGAAGGAUGUCAAGAAUCUGAGCAAAUGUCCCGGCUGUGGCGAGGUGAAGAGAUCGCAUGUUCUAUGUCCUAAUUGCGUCGCAGAUAUCAAGGAACACUGGAAAGAGGCCGCCAAAGAGGAAAAGACAACUAUGGAGGAGAAGACUGCCAAAGAGGCAGAGGCCGCCAGAAGGGCAAAGGCUGCCAUCAAGGAAGAAAAUGGUGCUGCCGAGCAAGCCGCCGCUAUUGAGGAAAUGAAGACGGGAAAAAAUUAA